AUGAUUCGUCAUAAUCUGGAUGUCAUGCAUACUGAGAAAAAUGUAUUUGACAACAUUUUCAAUACAGUGCUUAAUGUUCCUGGGAAGACCAAAGACCAUGCUAAGUCCAGAGAAGAGUUGAAUGAUAUUUGUAAUCGUCCGGACUUGGCAUUUAAUCCAUCAACCGGGCAAUAUCCGAAGGCAAUAUAUGCUUUAGACAAAAACGCAAAACAAGCUCUACUGGAAUGGGUUAAAGAGUUGAAGUUCCCGGAUGGGCAUGUGUCGAACUUGGGUAGGUGUGUUGAUUUGAAAAAGCUGAAAAUGAACGGUAUGAAAAGCCACGACUGUCAUGUUUUCAUGCAGCGUCUCUUGCCAAUUGCUUUUCGAGAAUUUCUUCAUCCGUCCGUGUGGGAACCUAUUACAGAGUUGAGCAUCUUCUUUAAAGACCUGACUUGCACAACGCUUAAAGAGGACGACCUAAUUGAGAUGGAGAAAGACAUUGCGAAAAUAUUGUGCAAAUUGGAACGUAUCUUUCCGCCCAGCUUUUUUGAUUCAAUGGAACAUCUUCCUAUACACCUACCCUACGAAGCGAAGCUGGCAGGCCCUGUGCAAUAUCGGUGGAUAUAUCUGAGAAAAUUGAAACGGAAAGUGACCAACAAAGCUAAAGUGGAAGGUAGCAUUGCCACUGGAUAUUUGUACGAAGAAAUCGCCAAAUUUGCGUCAUUUUACUUUAAUGACGGUGAUCCGACGCUGCCUGACCGACUGCAACGAAACGAGACACGUGAUGAUGUCGUGGAUGAUGAUGUAGAUCGGCUAUCAAUCUUCAAACCGAAUGGACGACCUAUAGGUGCUUCUAAAAAACGAAGUUUGGAGGAGGACGAAUACACCGCCGCCCAUAGUUACAUUCUUUUGAACUGUCCUGAAAUCGAGCAUUACAAGGAUUUGUAUGUUGACGAGUUGUACGAAAUCAUUCCCGGAAUUACCCAAGUACAAGUAGAAGUGAAGCUCGAGACUGAAUUUGCCUCGUGGUUUGAACGAUAUGCGCAAACUAACUAUAUAAGUAAUCCGUAUAUUUCGAGUCUGGCUAAGGGACCGCUUAGGCAAGCUAACCAUUUUCAAGGAUAUUUUGUAAACGGGUUUAAAUUUCAAACAAAGGCUUAUGGGGAGAAUCAAUUAACCAUGAAUAGUGGAGUUUGCGUCAAAGGAUCACUCUACGCUCCAACGGAAAGUGAUUUUUACGGAAUACUAACAGAUGUUCUUGAGUUGGAGUACCCGGCUCUGCCAAUUAAGAGGACUGUCUUGUUCAAGUGUAACUGGUUCGAUCCGACUGAUAGAGGUAUGUCAGUGCAUCCUCGAUAUAAUAUUGUGGACGUCAAUCAUAAACGGAAAUACGGAAAAUACGAACCAUUUAUUUUGGCUGGACAGUCCGGUCAAGUACAUUACUGCACAUAUCCAAGUAAAAAGAAAGAUAAGGUCAAUUGGUGGACAGUAUGUAAGAUGAGGGCCAGAUCAGAGAUAGACAUGCCCGAUUCCAUUACUCCAGCGUUUCAAGAGGACAUUAUAGAACAACCUCUAAACGUUAUACCAGAUGACGGUUCAAGAAUUUUGGUUGAUCCGGUUGGGGAAGUUGAAACAGAUGUGUUUUUCGCUCCUCCAGAGGUGGAGGACGAAGAACAAGUGCCGUCAAUAUCAGACGAAGAAGAUAUACUUGAAGACGAUAACGAUGACGAUUAG